GCCCCCACGUGACGCCGCGGCGGCGCUCCCCCUCCCUUCCCUUGCCCUCCCCUCCCCGCUGUCCCCGUGACUGCCCCCCCCCUCCCGUCCCCCCCAGCCCCCGCUGCCCGUGGUUCCGGCGGCGGUCCGGGCCGCGCCGCCAUGCCGCGGUACUGCGCCGCCGCCUGCUGCAAGAACCGCGGCGGGCAGAGCGCCAGGGACCGCCGCAAGCUCAGCUUCUACCCAUUUCCACUUCAUGAUAAAGAGAGACUUGAGAAAUGGUUGCGGAAUAUGAAGCGAGAUGCAUGGACUCCAAGUAAACACCAGCUUCUAUGCAGUGAUCAUUUUACCCCCGAUUCCCUUGAUGUGCGAUGGGGUAUACGAUACUUGAAACAUACAGCUGUACCAACAAUUUUCUCUUCCCCAGAUGAUGAGGAAAAAGACUCUUCUCAGGACAGCCCACAAGAGAUAAAGAGAGAAGAUCUGGAAGAAACAACUAAAAAUGUAGAGUCCAAGAAAGCACCUGUAUCACUUGAACUUUGUAGACCAAAGAGAAGUCCUGCAAUGGCAGAAAAUCUAGAUGAAAAAGCAGAAGUAGUUUGCUCAACUGCAUUGAGUAAACCUUUACAAAUGCAAAAACUACAACUUCAAAACAGAGAAGACUUUCAGGCAGACAGUGUUAUUCUUGAUAAUUCAUCUCAGCAGCAUAUACAUCAACCUGAGCCUGUUUUAUUGGCAACAGCAGUCCAGAACAUGGAAACUGUCAAUGUUCAUACUUCUGUAGAGGAUUCAGUAAGUUGUACAGCUACAGUCUUGCAAUUUUCAGACCCUGAUUACUUGAAUUCGUCUCUGAAAUUGAACAGCGCUUUAGGUUCAAUAACUGACUAUGCACUUGAAAACCCAAACUCUCAUGUUUUAGGCUGUUCUGUUGAAGUACAGCCUACAAGUGAAAACACAGUUUUAGUCAGUACAGUUACACAAACUAUUGAACAAUUCAGUGGAGGUGAAGAAUCUGUCAUUGCCAUCAUCCUACCAGCUGAGAGUCCAAAAGAGUCUGAAAUAAUAGAUAGUUCUUUCCCACCUAUUAAGCAAGAAUUUCUCGACACGGAAGAAGCAGAAACAGAUAAAUCUGUGUAUAUGAAUGCAUAUAGUGGAAGUGAAGUGUUACAAACUGAGCAUUCAUACUGCAAACAAGACAUAGACAGAGAGCACCUCUGGCAAAAAAUUUCAAAGCUCCACUCUAAGAUAACUCUACUUGAAAUGCAGGAGAUAAAGACUUUGGGGAGACUCAGGUCCUUGGAAGCUCUUAUUGGACAACUGAAGCAAGAAAACCUUCUUUCUGAGGAAAAGCUCAAGAUGGUAGAAAACUGCUUCACAACACUGGAAGUGACUAUGAUACAGUAAAGGCUUUCAGUUAUUGUUCUACAGUAUCUUUUCAGCCUCUUGACUGUCCUUUUGAACAAAAUAAGUUUUGAUUCAAUCAUGGUAUUUUAGAUAUCUAAUGCAAAUUGUGUGAAUAGCAAAUACCCUGAAUGUUACAUCAACUCCUAUCGAUGCUAGAUGGUAGACUAUUGCCCAUAAAAUAUGACUUGCAAGUGAGCUUUAAAAGGAAAGCUAAACCUGUUAGUCUUGUUAAAGUAUGUAAAGCGAAUCAAUAAAAAUAAGUUUAACUUUUCCAGGUGCAGGCUUCCCUGAAACAUGCAAAUCUUGCUUUUGGGGGAGCAGUAGAAUGGACAGUGUAACUGGGUAGAAUGGAAAAUUAUAAAACAGCUGUCUAAAAGGAAAAAAAAGUCUCCUGGUUCUCUUUCAAACCAGUAAGGAAGUAUGUAAUACGCAUUGUCCAGUGAGGCCACAAUUACUCUUUGGUCUUCUGUUCAUCUAGCAUUAAUUCUGAUAGCUUUUUGUACAAUUUGACCUUAUUAAAUUUUUCUGCAAUAAAA